CCAUUCAUUUUUUUUUUUCACAGACUAAACAGAUCGCACCGCCAUCAAGAUGAGGCCGCAAGGGUUUCUGAAAAUGCUGGAGAUAGUUUUUGUCAUCGUCGCCUUCGGCGUUUUCCGAGGUGGUAAAGUGGGUCUCCUGAAUCUUGAUGCCACUUACUUUAUUUGUGGAGUUUUGGUUACGGCUCUGAUCAUCACGCCCUUGCUGCUUGUUUGUUACAUCAUGGGAGCAGAAAAUAUCCAGAAAACUAAUCUGGAAAUUCCCUUGAACUUCCUGCUAUUCGUGUUUCUGCUGACGGCAGGAUCUGUGACUUUGAAGGCAGGAUCUGAGAUUGUGGAGGUAGGAUCUGCGACUGUGAAUGGGAAUGUAGGACGUGCGUUUAAAGGCAUCAUUAAUAAGGUCCUCGGGGACAUAAAGGUACCCUCCAUUAACAUACCAAAAGAGGUAUCCUCCUAUAGCAGACCAGAUAACAUAGCGAUGGGAAGUUUCUGCAUUUUGGCUUCCGUCGCUUACUUCGGUGAUUUUGUCCUCUCGUUGUUGUAUUUCAAGAAUAAAUAAACCUGACAUCA